AUGGCCGCCAUCAACGAGCUCCUCACCACCACCGAACAGGAGCCGCAGAGGAGGGGCGCCUUCGUCGUGCUCGAGGGCUUGGACCGCAGCGGCAAGACGACGCAGGUCAAGCUGAUGGAGCAGCGGUUCGUCGAGCUGGGCAAGCCCGUCAAGACGGUGCGGUUCCCGGAUCGGACGACACUCAUUGGUCAGAUGAUUGACGGGUACCUCCGCAGCAACGUCGAGAUGGACGACCACGCCAUCCAUCUCCUGUUCAGCGCGAAUAGAUGGGAGGCGGCUGGCAACAUCAAGGCCCUCCUGGCCCGGGGCGUCAACGUCAUCUCGGACAGGUACUUCCACUCCGGGGUGGUCUAUUCGGCGGCCAAGGGCAACCCGGCGCUGGGCAUGGAGUGGGCGCGGGCGCCCGAGGUCGGCCUGCCCCGGCCGGACAUGGUGGUGUUCCUGGACCUGACGCCCGAGGAGGCGGAGAGGAGGGGCGGGUGGGGGGAGGAGAAGUACGAAAAGGGGGCCAUGCAACGGCGCGUGAGGGAGCUGUUCCGGGAGCUGGGGGGAAAGGAGCUGGGGGAUGGGAGCGGGGAGAAGGAAGUUAUCGUGCUGGAUGCGGGGGACAACGUUGAGGGUGUUGCGGAGGCGAUUUGGGAGACUAUCAGGGGGAGAGUUGAGGAGGUUGAGAGGGGGGAGAGGGGGGAGCUGAAGACUGUGGUUUAG